CCUGUAAAAUGUUCGUUUGUUACGGAAUCUAUUUAAUCAAAAGUAUUUAUUGUCGAUAACGUACGGCGAUAUAUAUGAUUCGUGUAAUUAGUAAUAGCGUUUGGCACGUGUUGGACAGCAUUUACGUUCUUUUUUAUAACACCAUGGCAAACACCACAUGUCCAUAGUAAACAUCUCCUGCGUUGAACUGUAGUUUUAUAAAUAUAAUUUCACCAUGGAAUCUGCAACAAACACGACGACUGAGGCGACUGCUACUAUGGACUGUGAUGGAAACACAGAGGUGUUUGAGAAAGUGAAAUCAAAGAAGACGAAGAAACGCAAGCGGGAUGCAGGUCCAGUGGACAUGGAGUCGGACACAGUAGCACCCAAGAGACCGCAGUUCCCACCCAUAUCAGGAGACCAACUCAAGGGAGGUGCAGAUGAAAUGCGGAAAGUGCCUGUGCCUGCUCACCGUCACACACCUUUAAAAGAAAACUGGCUGAAGAUUUUCACCCCCAUAGUAGAAAACCUGCAGCUUCAAGUCCGGUUUAAUCUCAAAACAAGAAAUGUUGAAAUUAAAACAUGCAGAGAAACACAAGACAUUGGUGCCCUCACUAAAGCUGCAGAUUUUGUGAAGGCCUUUGUUUUAGGAUUUCAGGUGGAGGAUGCACUGGCACUGAUCAGAUUAGAUGAACUGUUUUUGGAAACAUUUGAUGUCACAGAUGUUAAGCCUCUAAAAGGAGAUCACUUAUCCAGAGCCAUCGGCAGGAUAGCUGGCAAAGGAGGCAAAACAAAAUUCACUAUUGAGAACGUGACGAAAACAAGGAUUGUGCUCGCAGACACGAAGGUUCAUAUAUUGGGAUCUUUCCAGAAUAUCAAAAUGGCACGGACGGCAAUAUGCAACCUCAUUCUUGGGAGUCCACCAUCAAAAGUAUAUGGCAACAUUCGGGCUGUGGCGAGCCGUGCAGCCGAGAGAUUCUAACAAAUGAAGAUCUACAAAAAUACACAGCUCAUGGACAUGUCUCCAAUUAUUGCUGUUAAUAUACAAAGUUGUUAACACAUUGGCAUGAAAUGUGUCUAUGAAUUGUAUGGUGAUUGAUUUGAGCACCAGUGGACUGCUAUUGUUUGACCAAUUUCUCAAGUCAAUGGGAUAUUCACUUCUUAAAAUAAUAAACACCUCAUCAGCAGAAAUGAGACACAUUGUGGAUCCAUUAAAUAAUGUCAAGGAUUAAAUGUUUAUUAUUUCCAUACAGUAUCAAGUAGUCCUACAGUAGUUAAUAUGAUGCAGCAUGCAGAAUUACAAAACUGGCAUGUAAUGAUGUGUCCUCGUAUGUAUGAGGUCCCAUUUAAUUCACCAAAAGAAGACAAAGGUUGCAGACAAAUAUUUGAUUCUUAUUAAAACAUGAAUACCUUAUAAGAUUUAAAGAUACAUAUUUACUAAACAAAGAGCCAAAUGAUGUGACCUGAAUAUAGUAUGUGGCUUGAAUGACUUUGGAAAAAAAUUAGAAAAAAAUAAAAUUGUGUUUGCAUGGUUCUUUGAUAUUGAAUAUAAGUUUCACAGCUUAAGUGUAAACAGUUGGAAGAUGUGUAACUGAUAAACAUGCAGAAAGCAACAAAUUCAAGCAAGUACAUGAUAUUGUGAUCACAAGCAAGUAGUACUGUGGUUAAAGAGUCAUUCAUAUGCUGAUAUCAGAGUAAAAAGACAGACUUUUUUGAAUUAACAGUCAUUAGCCAUGGAUUUGGUUAAUCUGCUCCUGUCGUGCAUGUAGACAUUCAUUAAAUUAAUUUUAUAGUUAUAAGCUGUAUUUCCGUUAAAAUGAUUGUACUUGCCUUUACUAAUUUUUACCAGAUUUUAUUCAAAGCUCGUAUGUAUGUGAGUGUGUGUGUUAUAUUAUAUAUAUAUAUAUAUAUAUAUAUAUAUAUAUAUAUAUUAUUAUUAUUUUUUUUAUCGCCUGCAGUGUGACCUGACUGUCAUGCAUACAUUUACCAAAGCUAAAGGGUAUACAAAAGAUAUGGACAUGAAAAUGAUCCAUAUGGUAUUCACAUACAUUAUCAAUUAUAGAGAGGCCCCAAAAAACGAAUUGGGACACUUAAGCCACAUUAGACACAAUAGCAAAUCAAGUCUUCAUUUAUUUUAACCAAAGUAAGCACAAGCACACUUUUUUGAUUGAAUACUGAAAUUAGGACAAAAGGUUUUUGGACACUUUCUGUGGUCAAAUGUAAGCAGAACAUGUCAUUAGUUAAUGUGAUAAACUACCUACAGUGUGUGUUUACUCUGACACUUGACUAAAUAAAAUUCACUUAAAAUUAUGGUGUGAACCAUAGGUUUAAAGUCAUUGCAAUAAUGGCUCAGAAAAAUACAGUAGUUGCUUCGAACACCCUGUCUACACUGGACGACUCUAUUGAUGCAACGGCUUGAGGCUGUCUAAAUGACGUACUGAUAGACUUCAGCAACGGUUCAAUUGGCAUAUCAUCUGUACCAUACUUUAUCAGGGUUCCCACUCUUUUCAAAGCACAAUUUUCCAAGACAUUUUAUGUGCACAACAAGUGAAUUAUUUAAGCAAAAACACACGCAUCCUUUUAAUUCAAGCUUUUAUUUUGGCGUUUCUGUUCUCCAGAUAAGCAGCUAGCUACAUGGCCCAUUGUGAACAUUUAUCCCUGUAAAGCUGUGACUUAAUUCAAUAAAUACAUAGUCUGUAUGUGCUGCGCACAUCUCACACACAUAAAAGUACACGUGAUGAUUAUGAUGAGGUGUUUUCAGUGUAUGAGCACCUGCCUUCUCACAUUCAUUUUGAAGUGCACAUCUCUUGCAGAUUAUAUAUUUAUUUAAUUAAAUCACCUACUCUUGCUGUACAAUUAUCACACUAGGACAUAUUGCAAUUUUAAUUUGAUUAAUUAUGCAUUCAAACAUGCAUUUAUGUCCAAGCCAUAUUCCAUGACUUUCUGCAUUUUACAGCUAAAGCCACUUUUGUGAUUAGAUUCUGUGAAUCCGUCCAUGUUUUCCACAUUCUACAUGUGGUAACCGAUGUAUAAGCUGACUCCGAUUGUUGAAUUAUUAUUUUUUUUUCUCUCCCCAAUUUGGAAUGCCAAUUCCUAAUGUGCUCUAGGUCCUCAUGGUGGCGUAGUGACUCGCCUCAAUCCGGAUGGUGGAGGAUGAAUCUCAGUUGCCUCGACGUCUAAGACCGUCAAUCCGUGCAUUUUAUCACGUGGCUUGUUGGGCGUUACCACGGAUACCUAGCGCGUGAGGAGGCCCACGCUAUUCUCCGCAGCAUCCACACACAAAAUAACACAUGCCCAACCGAAAGCGAUAUAAUAGUGCUUUAAUAGCGACCAUGAGGAGGUUACCCCAUGUGACUCUACCCACCCUAGCAACCGGGCCAAUUGGUUGCUUUGGAAGCCUGACUGGAUUUAUUCAGCACGCCCUGGAUUCGAACUUGCGACUCCAGGUGUGGUAGUCAGCGUCUUUACCUGCUGAGCUACUCAGGCCCCCCCUCCCCCCGAUUGUUGAAUUAUUGAAAAUGUAUUCACAUCCCAAUGUAUUAUGGCCAAAUCACCAUACUACCAAACCAGAGUAUGAAUGAGUUAAAAAAAAAAAAAGAAGUCGUCUGACCGUCAUCGUUGUCUAAAGUUUAUGUCAAAUGUUUUUUGAUUAAAAGCAAUGUUGGAAUGAAAAACAAAAAUCGUAUUUUGUACUAUAUCAAUACUUAAACUAUUUCGUUGGAGUGAAGCAGAGAUGACAGCAGAUGAGCUGAGAAUGUAUGUGACAGGGAAUCAUUCACUAAAAUCAUCACAAGCUGGCUUUAAUGUAACAGAUGUUUAUUAAAUAUGUAACAAAUGAAAUUAAAAGCAAAAAGAGUCAUGACGUAUGAUAUUUGGCAAGUAAAAUAAUUUAUUUCAGAUGGCCGGGAUAAUUAAGUGGAUUGAGUUGCUCUGCAGCUAGGACACUUCCAAUGUACACAGCAUCAUUGAUUAUAUGAGUGAUCUGCUUUUGACGCUCCGCUUGCGUCUGUUGUAGCCUACAG